GAUUAUAUAUCAGAAACAUCAUCAUUGUUCAUGGUUCAUAGUGUUUGGUUAUUGAGAGUCUGAGACUUUGAGUUUACAGAAUCAUUCACAAUGCUUCAUCCACUCUUGCUGCUUCUCUUCUUCUUGAUAAACCAUUUUUCUUGUGGUGGUAAUGCUCGUUUGAUAGGUUGCCUAGAAAGUGAGAGAGAGGCUCUCAUUGACUUCAAAAAGGGUCUUGAAGAUCCUGAAAACCGGCUUUCAUCAUGGAAAGGAAGCAACUGCUGCAAAUGGCGGGGGAUACACUGUCAUAAUACAACUGGAGCUGUUCUAACAGUUGAUCUCCAUAACCCACAUCCACAGGGUUCUCCAAGCAGGUACGGAUUCUGGAACCUUAGUGGUGAAAUUAGUCCAUCGCUGAAAAUGCUCGAGUCCUUGAGGCAUUUAGACUUGAGUUUCAAUACAUUUAAUGGAAUUCCAAUACCAGAAUUUUUCGGAUCCCUGAAGAAUUUGCAGUAUCUAAACCUGUCAUAUGCUGGGUUUAGUGGUAGAAUUCUCCCAAAUUUAGGGAACCUCUCUAGCUUGCAGUUUCUUGAUGUGUCCCUUAAUUUUAUAUCUGUUGAUAACCUUGAAUGGGUGACUGGUCUAGUAUCUAUGGAGUAUCUCAAUAUGAAUGAAGCUGAUCUUUCAAUGGUAGGACCGGACUGGAUUCCAAAGCUUAAUAAACUCUUCUUCUUAACUGAAUUGCAUAUGUCAAGAUGUGGCUUAUCCGGUUUUAUUCCCUCUCUCACUGUAGUCAAUUUCACUUCACUUUCUGUAGUCGAACUUGAUAUUAACAGCUUCAUGUCAGAUAUACCUAAUUGGCUUGUCAAUAUCAGUAGUCUUGAAACUCUCAGUAGCAGCUGUGGCUUGCAUGGAAGGAUUCCGCUUGGUUUCAGGAAACUUUCGAGAUUAAAGUCUAUUGAUCUUUCUGAGAAUGAAAAUCUAACGGCAAGUUGCUCUCAGCUUUUCAGAGCAGGAUGGGAAAAGAUAGAAGUUAUUAUUCUAGCUUCCAGUAAAUUACAUGGUAAACUUCCUGCUUCCAUUGGCAACAUGACAGCUCUCACUUAUUUUGAUCUUUUUAACAACAAUGUGGAGGGUGGGAUUCCAAGCUCUAUAGGUGAACUUUGCAACCUCCAGUUUUUCCGCUUAUCAGGCAAUUACCUAACAGGAACUUUACCUGAAGUUCUGCGAAUGAGAACCUGCAAAACUAGCAGUCCACUACCUAGCCUGCAGCACUUGGAUUUGUCUAUCAAUCGAUUGGUGGGUAAAUUGCCAGAAUGGUUAGGUCAGCUUGAGAAUCUCAUCAAGCUAAGUCUGUUCGGGAACUCCCUCUAUGGUCCCAUCCCUUCUACAUUGGGAUCAUUAACGAAUAUUUCUCUGCUAGAUCUUGGAUAUAAUAAACUAAAUGGGACUCUCCCAGAUAGUUUAGGGAAACUUUCUGAGUUGUCUGUGUUGGAUGUUUCUUCCAAUCAUUUGACAGGUGUUGUAACCGAAACACAUUUUUCGCAGCCUAGUAAGUUGAAAAUCUUGCUUUUGUCUUCCAACUCUUUAACAUUAAACGUCAGUUCAAAUUGGAUCCCCCCUUUUCUAGUCCGAAAUCUUGAUCUAGGGUCAUGCCAUUUGGGUCCUUCGUUUCCUGCUUGGUUAAGAUCCCAAAAGGAGGUCGAGUUUCUAGAUUUCUCAAAUGCCAGCAUUUCAGGUUCCAUUCCAAACUGGUUUUGGGAAAUCUCAUCGAACCUCUCACUGUUAAAUAUCUCAUUCAAUCAAUUAGGAGGGCAGGUCCCAAAUCCUUUUAAUGCUGCUCCCUAUGCAGAUAUUGAUUUGAGCUUCAACUUCUUUGAAGGACCGAUUCCUUUUCCGAUUGCUGAUAUCGAGUUACUAGAUUUAUCCAACAAUGUAUUUUCAGGUCAUAUCCCAAAGGCCAUAGGGGAAACCAUACCAAACAUGAUCUUCCUCUCUCUUUCGGGAAACCAACUAACAGGUGAAAUCCCUGCUUCUAUAGGCAAAAUUUUGCUUCUUGAAGUUAUCGAUUUUUCAAAUAACAGAUUAAGUGGAAGCAUUCCUUCUACCAUAGCAAACUGUUCCUUUCUGAAGGUUUUAGACCUUAGCAAGAACAAUCUAUCUGGAAACAUUCCAAGCUUAUUAGGUCAGCUAAGUCUGCUUCAAACAAUGCACUUAAGCGACAACAAACUCUCUGGACAGCUCCCACAAGCCUUGCAGAAUUUGUCAAGUUUUUCAUUGCAUGUCCUGGACCUUGCAGAAAAUCAACUGAAUGGAAGCAUUCCAGCUAGUUUUGGAGAUUUCAAAGCAAUGGCACAAGUGAAAAACACAAACCGUUAUAUAUUCUAUGGGAAGUACAGGGGUGUUUACUAUGAAGAAAACUUGAUUGUGAAAUUAAAAGGCUCGCCUCAAAAAUACACCAAGUUGCUCUUCCUCGUAAUCAGCAUAGACGUCUCUGGAAAUCAAUUGAGUGGAGAUAUUCCCGAAGAAAUAACUAAUUUGGCUGGUUUGAUUGCUCUGGAUUUAUCCAGAAACCACAUAAGCGGUCACAUUCUUGAAGGCAUUUCAAAGUUGAACCAGUUACAGUCACUUGAUCUUUCAAGCAACAGGCUUACAGGUCCGAUUCCUCAAAGUUUGUUACUAUCAUUCCUGGGGUAUCUGAAUCUGUCAAACAAUGACUUCACCGGUAGGAUCCCAUACACAGGGCAAUCAACAACUUUCGAUGCGCCAGCUUUUGCUGGAAAUCCAGGCCUCUGUGGUGCUCCUUUUCUUGUAAGCUGCCCAGAUGAUGAUCCGGAUAAGGGAAAGACUCCGAAGGAUGAUGGUGAUGGCAACGAUUUCAUUGACAAGUGGUUUUAUUUGAGUGUCGGAUUGGGAUUUGCAUCGGGUGUUCUGGUUCCUUUCUUUAUUUUAGCUAUCAGAAAAUCUUGGAGUGAUGCUUAUUUUCGGUUUGCGGAUCAAGUUUUAGAGAGAAUAUCAGAAUGUCAUGCCUGAGAA